AUGAAUGAUGAUCUUGAACGCGUGGAAGAUUCUAUGGACAUAUUUGCGAACGAGCCGAUGGAUUUGGAGCAAAUUAAGUUAACACUUGCCAUUAUGCAGCUAGACCCCGCCGAUAGAGCAGUGAUUCGUGUUGCCGAUCAACGAGAUGCAAUGCAAAAACGUGCUUUUACAAUUUGGGUCAAUAAACAUUUAUCAGAGCACGGAUUUUUUGUAAAUGACCUAUUCAGGGACUUCCAGAGUGGCCACCUACUGAUCAAACUCAUCGAAAUUCUGUCGGGUCAAAGCUUGAGCAUUGAAUAUGGCCUCACCCGGGUUCACUGCAUUCAGAAUGUCCAACGCGUGUUGGAGUUCCUUCAAUUCCGAAAGGUUCGGAUCGUGAACAUCCGUCCGGAUGAUAUUGUUGAUGGCAAUCCAAAGUUAACCCUCGGUCUAAUAUGGAUAAUCAUCCUCCAUUUCCACAAUGCCCUACCACCAGAUCUAAUAAUUCCAGAGGGCCGAUUGAUCCUUAAUAACGGCAGCAGCUCUCUCCAGAGUCUGGCUCUGUUGGAUGAAACUGCAGGUCGGAAUCUCCUCUCCUGGUGUAGAGUCGUGACAACAGGCUACCGUGGUGUAGAUAUCAAUGACUUCUCGUCUUCUUGGAGUGAUGGACGUGCCUUUCUUGCCAUCAUCCAUCGCUACAAACCUCACUUCUUCGACUACUCUAAGGCUGCCAGUCGGCCGCCAAAGGAUGUUCUCGACUUCGCCUUCCGCAUUGCCGAGGAACGACUCGGCAUAACUCGACUCAUCUAUCCCGAAGACAUGGUCGCCACAGAGAACGCAGUGGAUAGUCGGUCGGUAAUAGUCUACGUUUCCUCCCUCUACGAUGCUCUUGCUCUAUCUCCGCGUGACCUCAUUACUGGCUGCCGCCAAAUUCUUCCAAUUCCGCCUCUUCCAGUAGACGUGGACGUAGCGAUGGCACCACCACCGCUCAGCUCCCAACUAGUGACAACUGCAGAUGUCUCUGAUGAAAUACGCAGUUUAUGGUCUGAGUACCGACUCCUUGCUGCCGAGUUGAUCCAGUGGUUGCGAGCGAAGUGCGACCACCUGGCUGUUCGACACUUCCCUGCUGACUUAGAGUCCAUGCAGCGGCAGGUCGUUAAUGAUCUGAAGCGACACAGGCGUGAAGAAUUGCCUCUAAGGGAGAGACAACGUCAGCAGUUGGUUAGACUCUAUGCCGAUUUGCAGAGUGCGGCAAGUGCGAAUUUGCUGAGGAUUGACCCUUUCAUGAAUAUUGAACACAUCUUCCGACUGUGGAAGGAGUACGAGCUGGCUUUACAGAAACGUGAAAUGGCUGUGGCAGCGGAGACUUCACGCUUGGAGCGUCUUCAAUUGGCCGGUGAAAGGAUAGAACGGGAAUGCGGGGUUCUUCAAACACAAGAAGCCGCUUUGGAAAAACGCAUAAAUGAGAUGGAAUCCCAAUUUGCAUCGUCGCAGUCGAUUGACAUCGACGGUGAGUUAAAACGGUGGAUGGCACAGAUGGAAGUGGUCGAAACCGGUGUAAAUAAUCUCUUUGGUCAAGUUCAAAUUCUUCGCAACGGACGCUACAUCAGAACGGAACAGGUCUACCGAAAAGUGUGUACAUUGCAUCAACGCCUCCUCGAAUUGCAACGACGCUGUCGAAACUUCCUCAAGGUCACCUCGAUGAACCAAUCAGGCGACCGGAUUCAGGCCUUGCGAGCCAACGGUGAUAGCUGGAUGGCCAUUCCUGAUGGUCGCAGCAGCAAUAGUCUGAGGUGGCUGGCAAAACAAAGCAAACACUUCGGCGCUUUACAGACCGCUCAGGAUUGGAUGCAGGAGCGCAAAGAAGCCAUUGAAAACGCACCUUUUGGUGAUAAUCGGAAGUCCAUUGCCGAUGCAACAAAGCGCUUUGAGCUGAUUCACAAGGAGAUUGAAAAGUUUCACUCCGAAGUCGAAGGCUGCCAAGCCUUGAGGGCUCAAGUAUCUGGCGAUGAAGUGAAGUUUUUUGAAGUCCUCAUGAAUCAGAUUGAAAAUCAGUACGAUGAACUGAUGAAAAAAUCCAAGAGACGCUUAGAGUUCGGUCGUUCCCUCCUCGUCUUCGUUGAACGUGCCAGCAACUCUAUGCAGUGGCUACGAGAGAAGGAGACCAUUGAAGUCACGCGUAUCUGGUCUUCCCCUCACGAAUUGAAGUCGGAUGAAAUUUACGAAUUCUUCCGGGGUCUCCUUAGAGAAAUUCAAUCUCAGGAACACCAGUUUAACGAAAUCAGUACCCUCGGCUCUUCUUUGCACCUUGAGGGCCAUCCGUCUUUCGAUUUAAUUCAGACUUACUUAACCUCACUGGACAGUCAUUGGGCAUGGCUACUUCAAUUGACCCACUGCCUUGAAACCCGUCUCGAUCAAACUGUCAGGUUCCAGCAGUUCUUCACCGAAGCACAAGAAGUUGAGACCUUCCUUACCACCAAAAUGAAAGAGAUAAAUGACAUGAAUUUGACUUCAGCCUCAGGGAAUAUCACCGUUGAAAUUGCCAGUGAAUUUAUGAAGAAGAUUGCUGAUAUGGGCGAGGUGAUUAGAGGACAAGGUUUUCUUGUGGACAAGUUGGUCGAAACGAGUGACGAAAUUGUUGAUUUGGCCUUUCGAAACGAUCCUCACGAGACGGUAAUUUCCAUCUGCUUCUUCGCACCCAACAGUGAACCUCACUAUAUGGAACUGGCUCCAGAACAAAGUGAUCCAGCCAUCAUCACUUGGCCAUCUGGGAACUUUAAAAAGGGCGAGCGAAUGACAAUCUUCGCAAAACCAAGUGAAUUUACCCUGGAGUUAAGGCACUCAAACGGAGAGGAGAUAGAAGCUCCAGCCGUUUGUUUCUUGCCGGCGCAUCCCUGUCUGGAAGCCAAAACGAGGGCUCAGGAUGUGGUCGCGCGUUUUCAGCGUCUGCAAGUUCUCUGGGCCGACACAGAGCUGAAUCUUCAUGGUCGUUUAUUGAGGGCUACGAUGCAAGCUCUGCCUGGAACAUUGCCCAAUCUUUCAGCUGCCGAAGGGCAACAACUUAUGCGGCAACUGCAUGAGGAUACUCAACGUCACCUAGUUGGAAUGCGAUUGGCGAAUAAGCCGGUCCAGGAAGUUGAGGUAUUCCAGCAGGAGAGCGAGCAGUGCUUCAAGUCCUUGCCAAAUGGGAAUGGCAGUGCAGUAGAUCCCAUCGAAAAGAAUGAAACCACCGAUCUCAAACGCAUUGAGACCACACUCAACGCGUUAGCUGAUCAUCUAAGGAAGAGAACCGGGCAGGUACUCCCCAAUCAGUUAUCCACUUUGGAGGUUGUGCUGAAGGAGCACAAAGAGUGGUCUCGAUCCGUGAAUCAAAUUAGAGAUCACUUGGAACGCAUGCCGGACGAGCAGGGGUCAGCGUCCAGAGGGUCGACCAUUGACAAGUCGGGUUGUGCUGCAUUGCUGGCCGCGGCGAAUGAACUGACCAAUGCGGGGAAGGCGACUGCUCACCGCUUAGCCGAAGUGGACGCGAUCCUCACGCGUCUCGACAGUCUCCAGCGCGAACUGGCUGGGGCCGAGCUGAAAGUGGUGGGAAUUGCCGCUCGGAUCCAUUCACCGCAACAGAAUCUCUCAAGUUCCAAGUCCUCAUUACGCAGCGAUGUCUCUGAAAUGGAAGCCAACAAUGUUCAGGAUAUUCAUGACCAGUUAAAGAAUGUGACACUGGCGCUGGGUGGGUUGCGAAAAAUGCUUGAACAGUUGCCUCAUCAUCUUACCGCUCUGUCGACACAAGGCGUCACCAAAGGUACCAGUGCGGGCAAUCACCGUCUUCCACCUCCAAAUACGUCACUUUUGGAGAAGUCCAUCUUUUCUGUCAAUAGACGAUUGGGCAAUCUGAUUAAUCAGAUAGACUUGAUGAACCAGGAAUUAGUGAAAAUAUCUCAAAACUACAAAACGGCAAUCACUUUGCGACGAGGUUUGACUCUAUGGCUGAGGGAGACAUCAGACCUUGUUGAAGCCGUGGAAAUGCGACUCAAGAACAGAUCUCAUGGGAAUCUCGCCUCCAGUACUGCCGCGAGGAAUCUGGAGCGCGCUUCAGCCGAAGCCGUGCACUGCGAAGCCAAGUUGAAGGAGCUCAAUCAAACCUGCGAAUUUUUAGCCCGCUCACUAGAGGACUCGGCAGGUGGAGGGGAUGCUUACAAACGCGCGGUCAGCUGUCUUACUUUCGCCGCCAUGGAAACCGCCAGCACACGAUUUGUUGGACCACCUGGUAUUGGGGUAAUAGAUCUCGUUUCUCUGGGGACUUCUGUGGCUAAUCUAAACACGCAAUUCCAAGCGCUGAAGAGCAAAAUCGAUGAUAACCUGGCAGUGAUCGGAAAUGCGACUGAUGAAGCGGUGGAGGUUCAAAGUGCCUACAACACAAUCUCUUCCCAUCGAUCGACGGGGAGCACACGGUCUCUCCUGUCAACUUCCAACGACGUGGGAGACUACUUUGUGACUGGUGGAUCUCGUCGUCGCAGACGAAGAAAGAUCUCACCUUCAGUGCCUUUGGAUCAGAGUCAAAUGAAGCGCAGACCUCUAACACGCAAGCCUACGCGAUACUGUGUGGUUUCGGGCUUCUACCUCACCUCACCGAAACAGUCCCUUCGUGUGGAGACAGCCAUCACAAGAACGAUGAUUCGUGAGGGUCGAGUGGACGUCCAACGAAACCUCGUUUAUGACUCAGAUUCCGGGGCCAUGAUCACAGCCGGAGAAGCGUUGGAAAAGAGUGUCAUAGUUGGCCUUAUCUUUACAAAAUUGGAGGUUAAACAGACUGGUGAGACGACUUACUGGCUUGAGAUCUUUCACAAGAGGCAUGACGUCUACCUCGUGGAGGGAAUCUUCGAUGUCAACGCAAAGACAUUGAUUCCAGUGGAAGAAGCACUGGCUUCAAACCUCAUAGACCCUGUCCACGGGCUUUAUCACCACACGGGAACGGAAGAAACCAUCACUCUUGAGGACGCGCAUCAGCAGGGCUUGAUCCGAGUUGUUCCACAACUGCGUCCACCCUGUGAAGAUCUUGCUACUCGACCUUUUGAUUUCAUUCACUAUCGCACCGUAGAAGGCGACUUCGCCGUUCGGUCAUCGAAUGUUGCAUUCAAGCAAAAAGUAGACUUGUUUGUUCAACAGGAAGAGACCGUUAAAUCUGGAUACGCAAAUGUAGGUAUUUAG